UUGUGAGCAUAUUGCUCAAGGAGCACAGACUAAAUUGGCCCCCUCUCUAUAUGUAGUACCUCUGCCUCCUUUAUCACUCACUCUGUCUCUGACACAUCUCAAUCAUUUGCCAACAAUGACGAUCUUCAAUUGGGUUCAUCGGAAGUUCCAUCACAAAGAUGGGUUCGUUCAAUAUGUGAAUAAAGCUGCGGAGUUGGUCACAAACAUUGAAAUGGAGACACAAGUGCUACCUGAACACGUCACGAUCGACAGCAUUCUCACCAUUGGCACGUUCGGGUUCUGUCCAUUGGCCCAAUUGAACAAACAAAACGAAUGUUUGGAAUUUCAAAAAGAAGAAACUCAUGAGAAAAAAGAGCACGAAGGUGAGAAGGAAAUAGAGAAUGAAUUCGAUGAAGAAGAAGUGAACCCAUUGCUGUCAAAUUCAUUUAGAAGUGGUUUUGAUGAAAAUGAUGUGGAAAUAUAUGAACUCGGUCUCGAUUCAACCGAUUCGGAGGAUAAGAAGGGGAAGGGGAAGGAGAAGAAAGAAAGGAUUACACUUGCGGAUUUGCUUGUAGCUGAUGAUUCUGAUGAUCAUGUCAAGCACAUGAAGGGAGAUGGGAGAGUGGUGGAGAAGGAUUCCAAUUACAAGAAGAAGACUGAUGUUGUUGGUGUAAAAAGGAAAGGCCUCUCAUUUGCCAAGAAGCUCAUUCCUGGCGUUGGAGAGGAUAGUCGCCCUAUCAAAAAACUGCACCAAUUGAUGAGAAGGAUGACCAAAAGGAAGAUCCACCCGGACAUGGAAGAGGAAUUUCAGAAAGCUGGCGAUGAUGCCCCGAUCAAGCCUGGACCUAUUGCUGAUAAAUAUGGAGCCAAUGAAUCAGUUUCCCUUCUACCAAUUGCAGAUUCAAUUGUCCGACAGUACGUGUGAAAAGUCAUGGAUUGCUUUCGUGGAAAUGUUUCUCUUGGUUGUCAUGAAAUAAUUUUCUUUCCAAGGAUUGUUGCCUCUUAGAUUGCCGUGUAUAUGUGGUAUUGAACUAUGCGAAUUUCUAUAAUUUGUGCUUCCUUUGUUAUUGGUGUGGUAUUGAGCAGUGGUUUAUUUUGUAAUACUGAUACACUCUGAUUCUUUUAUGUUAGUUGAAAUUAUGCCGCUAA